AUGCUGAUAUACGUACUGGCCAGAACAUAGCCAUGGACGAGAUUUGCAACCUUUCCACCAUCCUAUUGCUGGACUCUGUUUUUUCGCUGACAAUUCUCAUCCCAAUCCCUCUACUUGUCGAAAGAGCAAUACACAAAUUUUGAAAUUUGAUCUUUUGGUUCAUCUACAUAAGCCAAUGUCCUUCAGAAUUGCAUAAGGAACAGGGAUUUCAUCGUUGGAAAGGCACUCAAUUUAUGUUUAAAGAGAGGAGGAUGUUUAGACUACUUAUUUGGCAAGAAUAUUUUUCUCUACUUUUAUGUUAAGUCUGAGUUAUUACACGAUGCAGUUCAACUGUUCGAUGAAGUGUCUACAAAAAAUGUGGUUCAUUUUUAAACAUUACUUCACGGUCAUUUGCAGGCAGAGGAGUAUGUUCAGCUGUUGAAAUUUUAUUAAUUGCAUAGAGAAGGUAAUGAGUUGAACCCAUUUGUAUUCACAAUAAUCUUGAAAGUGCUUGUGGGUAUGAACGAAGCAGAGAUGAGUUGGAACAUUAGUGCAUGUAUUUAUAAGCUUGGAUUUGACUGUAAUCCUUUUGUCAUCACUUCCCUUAUUGAUGCUUAUUGUGUUUCUAGACUUGUUGAUUCUUCUAGGGAUGUUUUUAACGGCAUUAUUUACAAGGACAUGGUUUCUUCGACAAGGAUGAUUGCUUUCUCUGCAGAAAAUGAUUACUUUUAAGAAGAACUGGGAUGCUUCUCCAAAAUGAGGCUAGCAUGUUAGAUUCCAAACAACUACACAUCCAUGAGUGUCAUAAUGGCUUGCCUUGGUCUACAGGCCAUUGAUGUGGGCAAGAAUGUUCAUGGAUGUGUACUGAAAACUAGGUAUGACAUAGAUUCUUCUAUUUGUAUUUUGUUGCCUGACCUAUACUAUAAAUAUGGAUAUUUGAACGAUGUUGCAUGUGUAUUUCAAGAGACGCCUGAGCGUGAUGUAGUUCAUUGUAGUUUUAUUAGAACACGAUAUUCACAGAGUGACCGCUGUGAUGAGGCAUAGAAGUUCUUUUCCCAAAUGAGGAGAGUAUUAAUUGUUCCAAACCAGUUUACUUUUGCUAGUGUGCUGUAAGAAUGUGCAUUUGUGGAGGCUUUAGACCUUGGGAUGCAAAUCCACUGCUAUGUGACCAUGUUUGGGCUUGAUUAAGAUGUGUUUGAGAAUUCCCUCAUUGAUAUGUAUGCCAAGUGAGGAAAGGUGGAAAAUACAUUAGACAUAUUUCUGGAGACUGGAAACAUAAAUGAUGUGUCAUGUAAUACUAUUAUUGUUGGACAAUGUGGGGAUGGAAAGAAGGCACUAGCUCUGUUUAUUGAUAUGCAUGAAGCUCAAGUGCGAGCUUCAUCUAUGACAUAUUCGUGUGUGCUGUGUGCUUGUGCAACCCUGGCUGCAUUGGAACCAGGUCUUCAAAUUUACUCGUUUACUAUAAAAACCAUUUACAAUCAAGAUCUUGCAGUUGGAAAUGCUUUAGUGGAUAUGUAUGCAAAAUGUGGGAGUACUAAGGAUGCUCGGUUGGUGUUUGAAAUGAUGAUUGUUCUUGACGUUGUAUCAUGGAAUGUGAUGGUCUCAUCAUAUUCUAUGCAUUGUCUUGAAAAUAAAGAUCUUAGUAUCUUUGAGAGAAUGCGCAGAACUCAUGUUAAACCUAAUCAAUUAACAUUUCUUGGUGUCCUUUCAGCAUGUAGCAAUUCUUCCAAUCAUGGAUAUGCCUAUCUCUCUUUGAUGCUCGAUGAUUAUGGUAUUGAGCCUUGCGUUGAACAUUAUACAUGCAUGGAAUUACUUUUGGGCUUAGGUCACCUUGAUAAGGCUCGUAAAAUUAUCAAAGACAUCCCAUUUGAGCCAAGUGUCAAUGUAUGGCGUGCUUUGCUUGGUCCCUGUGUUCUUCAUAAUGAAGUUGAUCUUGGGAAAACAGCUGGACCGUGGAUUGAAUUGGUACCACAAGAUGAAAUGACUUAGGUGUUGUUAUCAAAUAUGUAUGCCACUUUGAAAAGGUGGAGUAAUCGAUUUGCUGGGAAAACUAUGAAUAAAAAACGACUAAAGAAGGAACCAGGACUUAGUUGGGUUGAAAACCAGGGCAGUGUUCAUUAUUACUCUGUUGGUGAUGCUUCAAAUCCUGAUAUCAAAAUUAUACACGGAAUGAUUGAAUGGUUCAACUUUAAAAGUAAGGAAGGCUAUGUUCCUUAUUCAUAUGUUAUUCUACUUGAUGUGGACGAUGAUGAAAAGAUACGCCUCCUAUGGUUACAUAGUGAGAUAUUAGUUUUAGCUUUUGCUUUAGUUAGAAUGCCGCUGAAUCCCAUUUUAAUUAUUAAAAAUCUAUGAACAUGUUUGGACUGUCAUGAAAAAAUCAAGUUUAUAUCAUCAUUUGUGCAGCAAGAAAUUGUUAUAAGAGAUAUAAGAAGGUUUCACCACAUCCAAAAUGGAGCUUGUUCAUGUGGUGAUUACUUGUAA